AUGGAUCAAUAUUACUACAAUUUGAAGAGACAAAUGGAUGCAAUGGCUGCCCCCAACCAGUUCACACAAAACGCCUGCGGCUGUCAAUGCGGGGGAAUAUGCCAGUAUGUCCCUGGUGAAUUUAAGAAGGCAUUGGAGAAGAGUGUGGAUCCGGCUAUAUUGUUAUUGGUUCUAGGACAGGCUUAUGUCAUGACAGAGGCACAAAGGAGGGAGCGAAACCAGUUUGCCUAUAUGGCUUUAGGCGAUCCUUUAGGAAUGAUCAGCACUGAACAGCAUGCCCUUGGUGAACCCUAUGCUCUCAACUUCAUAGACGGCACAGAGGUUUGGACACACCAAGCAGAUCCUGAAACCGCCUUAACUGAACACGGUGAAUUAUGGGACAAGGACAAGUACCCCCAGAUUGCCCCUUCAAUAAGUGCGUACGAGGCUGGCGAGCAUAUUUGGGCUGCGGAAUUCACCCAGGAACAAUACGAGAAAAGUAUGCAGGAGGGCGCGCUGCUUGGCUUGUCCUUUUUACCCUGGAGCACCCGUGUACUAGCCGGUAGUGGCAACAGCAAGGGACGUUAUUUUGGACGUGCCGAUUACCAUUGGAGAAACAGUGGUGACCUCACCUAUGCCCUUGCCUUCAAUGAAUGGAGCGGUCAGCUCUUGACCAUGAAACUGCAAACUAUGGCAAUUCUGACAGCGGUUUCAGUAGGAGGCUACUACGGAGGCAAAUAUCUUUACAAUAAAUAUGGUUAA